AUGUCCCGCUGGCUCACAGCUCUGAUCUUCAAAGAUUCAUCCUCCAUUCUGAUGACCUCUGAGACCACAAGAUCUUUUCUCUCUUUCUUCGAGGCUUUAGACCACAGCUUAGGGGCUGGUCUCUACCCCAGUCCUUCCGUGCCCUGCUGUGACCACUGUGGCGAGUAUCCCGAGGGCAGAUCAUCUCAAGCGGAGCACACAGAGUGUCAGAUUAAACUGGAGUUUGAGAAGCUUCAUCAGUUUCUCAGAGAUGAAGAAGAAAUUGCAAUCACUGCACUGAGGGAGGAAAAGGAGCGGAAGAAUCAGAUGAUGCAGGAGAAGUUUGAGGAGAUCAACAGACACAUCUCAGCUCUUUCACACACAAUCAGAGACUUGGAGAAGAUGAUGAAUGCCAAUGAAGUCUUGUUUCUAAAGGUCCCAGUUCAGAUAAUUGAUUCAUUAAUUGAUCACUGCAGGUAUUGGUUACUUGAGGUGCUAAAUUGUCUGUUUAUUUUCCAGAACUUUCCAGAUGCGAUGGAAAGAGUCCAGAGCUUACGGUCGGAUCCACAGCUGGCUUCUGGAGCUUUGAUUGAUGUGGCACGUUACCUGGGCAACCUGCCAUUCAGAGCCUGGAAGAAGAUGCAAGACGUUGUCCAAAACACUCCUGUGAUUCUGGAUCCGAACACGGCUCAUCCAGAUCUCCUCUUGUCUGAUGAUCUGACCAGUCUGACGUGCAGCGCCAACGGUCAAGCUCUUCCUGACAAUCCAGAGAGAUUCGAGCAGCACUCCUGUGUUCUGGGUUCAGAGGGGUUUAACUCAGGAACACACUGCUGGGAUGUGGACGUCAAAGAGAGCUCGUCCUGGAGCCUUGGAAUAACUACGGCAUCAAACCAGAGGAAGGGAUAUGAUUUCUUUGACAGUGGUGUGUGGAGUGUGCAGCACAGACUGUUUGAAGAGUCUGGUUUUCCUGUCGUACAAAAGCUGGAGCGGGUGAGAGUUAAGCUGGACUAUGACAGAGGAACAGUGUCCUUCUCUGAUCCUGUAACGAACACACUUCUGUACACAUUCACAACCACCUUCACUGAGACCGUUUUUGCAUUCUUUUAUAGCUUUUCUCAUCUGAGGAUCGUAUAGUUGAAGUGUUUGUUAAAGUUAUUUAUGUAGAUUUGGAGGAAUUUUUCAGGGCAUAUUUCAAGAACCAUUUUAUUUUCUUAGUAUGAAGAACAUUUUAAUCAUCUAAAGAAGCUUUUUCCAC